CCCAACUAUAAAACGGAAGGUCAUCUUCUUCAGCGUCAGUCGCUAAGCCAGUGAGCAGAACUCAACAUGAAAUCGUUUGUGACGCUGUGCCUUCUGGCGGCGCUAGUGGCGGCGGUGACCUGCCGACCCGAACAGCAGGCAGCCGCAGAGGUCAUCAAAUCAGACGCUGACCAGCCUGUGGCCUCCAAAGAGGGGGACCUGGAGGGCUCUGAAAGCUUAUUGCUCGGACGUCUUUUGGGAGGCGGCCUCCGGAGGGGAGGAAUCGGAUACGGCGGUCUCUACGGCCGCUAUCCGUACGGAGUAUAUCCGUAUUACGGAUAUCCGUUUGGAGGAUUCCCUUACGGAGGAUUGCCCUACGGAGGAUAUCCGUACGGGGUGGGGCCCUACGGAUUUGUUGGAUAAUAUCCGUACUUCUGAUCUUCUGUGUCUCUUCUGUGUGUAUACCCAUGCUAAUUCUUCUUCCGUGCCGAGGAGAUGAUGAAACAAAUAAACGAAAGUG